AUGGCCCACGUCGUCUUCCUCCGCGCGUCCGCCGCCGACCUCACCGCCGGCAAGCCGCCGCUGGCGGGCGUCCCAGCCUCCGCCCCUCUCUCCGCGGCGGCCGCGGCCAUCCCGGCGUCGCCUGAGGCCGCCGUCGCCGUCUGGCGCGGCCCCGACGGCCCCUCGCCCGCCGCGGCCAGCGUCGUCGGCCUGCUCAGCUCCAUCGACGUCGUGGCGUUCCUCGCCUCCCACCCCGGUGGCGCCGCCGCCGCAAUGGCCACCCCUGCCGGCGACGUCGUGGCCCAGGAGCCGGCCCUCGUGCGCGAGGUCGAGCCCGACUCGAGGUUGAUAGAAAUAGUGGAGCUAAUGAAGCAGGGAGCAAGGCGAGUGCUCGUGCGCAAGAAGAUCACAGAAGGAUGCGCCAUCAGCAAGCAGCCAUUCGCGCCAUUCUACAAGGCCGUGCCCAAGAUCACCGGGACACCACGGGCGCCGGCCACCGCCGGCAGGUCGUCGUCGUCGUCGCCGUCGACGCUGGGCUGCGACAAAUACUGCUGCCUCACGCGGGAAGACAUCGUCCGGUUCCUCAUCAACUGCCUCGGCGCCCUCGCGCCCAUCCCGAUGCAGUCCAUCUCUUCCCUCGGAGCGGUCACCCGCAGCUACUCCCACGUCGAGGACUCCUCCCCCGCCAUUGGAGCCGUCUGGGAGCUCCCCUCCGACCCGCGCGCCGUCGCCGUCGUGCAGGCCAGCCGCGACGGGUCGUCGCACGUGAUUCUUGGCGAUAUAUCCGGCUACAAGCUGUGGAAGAAAGACUACGUGGCCGCUGCCGAGGCGAUGGCGACGUUGUCGGCGCUGGACUUCGCCACCGGCGUCGACGACAGUGGGCCGUCGCCAGCUGCUGCUGCUGUCAAUGGCGGCGGCGGCGCACUUGCGCCGCUGGGGAGCAUCCAGGAUGAGAUCGUGCCUCGCCCGAGGCUGACGAGAUUCAGCAGCAGGAAGAUUGGGUUCUCGGCGAGCUUCGCCAACCUGAUCAUGGCGAGCCACCGGAAGAACCGGGUGCUGACCUGCAAGACCACGAGCUCGCUCGCCGCCGUCAUGGCGCAGAUGGUGUCGCACCGGGCCACGCAUCUCUGGGUCGUCGAAGAUGGCGCCGACGCCGGCGAAGCCGCCGUCUUGGUUGGCAUGAUUGGGUACAUGGAGAUCUUCCAUGCCGUCACCAGGGGUGUUGUUCCUCCGGCUUGAUUGCCGUCUGAAAAGUCCAAUUGGGACUUGAUAAAUUUUUCAGUUUGCAGUUAACAAAUUCUGGCAGAUGUUCUGGUUUUGACAUAGUAAUGUUUUCUUGAUUAAAUUAGUAAUUAGGAUGGUAAAUUAACUGUACAUCUUUGAGCAGAGAUUUCAUUUGUGUUGUCCUCCAACUAUUUCUGACAGCUUGCCAAUUCAUUCAGGGCUUCAGGCAA